AUGUCGGGGAGCUCUUGGGCAAGAGCGGCCGAGUUAAUCUCCGACGGCGACGGCGAUGGAGCCGACAAUGGUUCUUCUAGCGAUUUCGAGGUCGAUCAGGCGCCUCUCAUGUUUCGUCCCGAAGACCACCUUUCGACGCGGACUUCUCAGCAGCACUCCUCUGCGACGUGCAAGUUCGACAGCGGGGUCGCCGUGGGGGCCCAGGCUCCUUCCAAGAGGAGGUCUCUCAAGACCUUGGACCUGAGUGACUGGCCCGGCUUCGUCCAGGCAGCUUCUGAUUUGCGCAUCAAGCGGGGCGAGCAGAUGAGGCCCCUCACGGUGGUGUCUUUGUGCAGCGGUCUCGGCACAGAGGCUUUCUGCCUUCGCCAACUCGGCAUCGAGCACAAGACGGUUCUGAGCUCAGAUAUCAAGAAGAACGCUUUCUUCAUCCAGUGCGAGACGGACAGCUUUCACUCGCAGAAGCCCGAGUAUUUCUGUCCCGACAUCUACGACUUGAUUGGUUCCAUGGGCUCCCUCUCCAGAGCCGACGACCCCAGGUGCGCCAUGAAGAACGAGCCCAUUCAUUGGCAGAGAAUCGCGAAGUCUCUUCCUGGGGGCCGACCAGAUCUCCUGGUCUCAGGCUUCCCUUGCCAGCCGUUCACGACGGCUAGAUCCAGGGAGAGGUUUGCCAGAGGCGGGGUGCACUCUCACCCGAAGUACUCGACCGGGGAGGCCGUCCGGAAAUGCAUCCAGGAGAUGCGCCCUGUCGCGUUCUUGCUCGAGAACGUCACUGGCAUGAACAAGGGAAAGGGCGGCCUCAGGACCCCGCUCGAGGACUUCUUGGACCAGCUCAAGAAGCUCGGCGGCUACGUCUUCCAGUCGUACUCCGAGGACCUCGCCCCCUGGGUCGAUUGCGCCUUGCGCGACAGGUUCUUCAUCGUGGGGUUGGAGUCCCGCGCCCACUCCCAGGCCGACAUCAGCAGCAUCAUCGACCUGAUCAGG